UUUGUGAAUUCCCGCUAAAAAGUGUGUUUUCCGGGCAGCUUUGUUUUUCUUCGGUUUUUUUGUCGAUUUACCAGUGAAGAUUUGUGUUUUUCACCUGAAGAAUGGAGCCGGAUGUCUCAGUUUCCAAGGGUUGUUUUGUAUACAAAAAUGCUUCUGUGCGGCCGCCCAGGAAGUCUGGUGGCAAGAAGCGCCCCUCAAUUGCGACGCAGGACUCUAUUCUUCCACAAGACAUCCUGGCCAGUCCCUGGUAUCGUGCAUAUCAAGAAACCUGGCAGAGAAUCCACAGCAAGAUUGAGAAUAUUCUGAGGGAAAACUACUCACGAGUCAUGGAGAGUGUGUUGGAGUGUGUCGUGGGAACGAGUUCGAGUGCCUACAGCUACCUUUUUCCAGUGAUUGUUCUGCAAACGGGCAUCAAUCAGCCGGAUCAUCUGAGCAUGUUUCAGCGUCUCUCUGACAAGAUUUCCGAUCAGGACAAGCUCUGCUCAGUCGUCCUCACGUCCACAGAAGCCACCAGCGUGAAGGUGGCUAUUGAGACGCUGGUGGGAGGAUUCAUUCAGCAGUUUCAGGAAGCUGAAAUCCGGAAGCAGAACUGUACCAUGAGGAGUCUCUGUGGGGCUUUUUUGGAGCACAGAGGCAUCAAAACCACCCUGGCCGUGGUCAUUCCGGACUUUGAGCUCUUCUGCAAAGCCACAUUGCGCGACUUGGUGACCAUUCUCGCCAGCUAUCGCUCCCAACUGCCUCUGGUGCUGCUCUUCGGUGUGGCCACUUCUGUUUCCGCCCUGGAGCAACUCCUGCCGCUGAAGUUCACCACCAGGGCCAAGUUCCACGUCUUCCAGACACAGUCGUCCGUGGUGAUUCUCAAUAAUAUCGUCGAGAGUGUGAUUCUGAGGGAGAAAAUCCACCUUUCCGGUCGCGUUCUGCAGUUCCUCGUUGAGAAGUUUCUCUUCUACGACUUCUCUGUCAGUGGCUUCGUGCAGGGACUGAAAUUUUGCCUUCUGGAGCACUUCUCGCAGGGAAAGAUCUACAGCCUGGCGACUAGUGUGGAUGUUCAGACAAUUCUGCAGAAGCACGAAGAUUGCGAGAACAUCCGUCGAUUGCCGUCCGUGAGGCGACACGUGGAGAUGCUGCCGGAUUGCCGGGAAAUUAUCGCUCUUCUCACGAAUGACACUCAUUUGGGGAUCAAAUUGGAGACAUCCUGGAUGCCCGCAAUUGAGGAGUUCUUUCUGCACUUUCACUCUGCCUUGCAUUUUCUCUACGAAUUGGUCAGAGAACUGCCCAAGAGUCCACUGGGAAAGCAACUGCGCGAGAUCUACUGCUUUGCCACGGUGAAUUCUCUCAGCAGCAGUCAAGAAUACGUCGAGUGUCGACAAUUGCUGAUGCUAAUGUCCAAGGAAGCCUUCUUCGUAAAGCUCAGCGAUUGCGUGGACAAAGUUGAGGAUUUCCUAGAGCAACAGUGUUUUUCGCAAAACGUUCAAGCAAUUCAGAAGUGGAUGCAUAACAUUCUGGAACAGUGCAGAGUAAUCCUGCGAGAGGAUGUUGUUGGCAAAGCACAGGAGAAGCCAGAUUCUGCACUUCUGAGCGUGAACAAUCGCUUUGAAUUGAAGAAAAUGCUGCUUGAGAAGGCGAAGGAACAGAAUCAGAUGUCUGGCCAGGCUGGAUUGCUGUCGGAGUGCCUGAGAAUUGUGGAGGAGCAGAUUUUGGGGUCCUGGCUGAUUCCCUUCACGCGCGGCCCGCCUCUAAUAGAGCUAUUCGUUCAUUCGGACGCUUCCUCGACGAGACGACAUCUCAUUGGAUCCCCACGAGGAGCCCUGCAUCAGGCUCUCACCAAUCCUCAGCACUAUUUCCAGUGCGGCUGCUGCGACGGCAACUCACUCAAUUGCCACCUCCCGGAUCUCACCAUCGCCUACAGGUUGCACUGUGAGUGUGGCCGGAUGAUUAAUUUGUUCGAUUGGCUGCAGGCCUUCCAGUCAAUCGUCCAGGAUCCACAGGAUGACGCGGUGGGGGAGGAGCGAGGCGUCAGCGCACAAGUUCAGGCGAGGUUCACACGAGCCGUUGGUGAGCUGGAGUUUCUGGGUUACGUCAGGAGCUCGAAGCGCAAGGUGGAUCAUGUGGAGAAGCUCACGUGGUGACAAGCGGUUUGGCAUUGCAUAAAUCGUGCUGCAAUCUCCGAGCUCCUCUGUUAGCCAAUGCUUUUCCCAGAGUCCAGAUUAAAUGUGGAGGAUUUCAGCGGA